AUGGAAGACGAUGGCACUGGCGAGUGCCACGUGGCGAAGUUGCCGCAGGGCCUCCUGUAUCUCGUCCUCUCGCGCCUGCCGGGCCGCGACGCUGCGGCGGCCGAAUGUGUGCAUCCGACGUGGCACGCCACUCUUAACGAAUGCGAUUUGUGGAUCCAGAUGGCGAAACGCGAUUGGCUGGUGACGGAUGAAGAAAUCAGAGCCGCUGGGAUACAACAGGCGCCUUCGCCAAGCCAGACGUCUCAGCGUGAGAAUUCGCGACGCGCGGCAAGCGCACGUGGAGAAAGCCCAAUUGUGCGCUGCUCUUCUGCCGCACGAGCUUCCUCCAGUAGUGAAUCGCCCGGGGUUUCCGCUCCACAUGCAAGACCUGCAGAACCGAAUCGCGGGGCGGCAAACGCCGAAGCAUCUGUCGUUUCCGAAUCGGAUUCCGCAAAAUCAGCACGGGCGCUUUACGGAUCGCACUACUUUUCCUACCGCCGCUACGGAUCUCUUUACCCCCGCGCGCGUCGCGUCUGGCACGUGCUGCGCAAGUGGCUGCGCGCGCAUAUUCCGGAACUCGACGAGACGCUGCUCGCGGGCGCAACAGAGCAGCAGCUGGAUGCGGCGGAAGCGGCGCUGGGGGUGGCUUUUCCCCCCGCCAUGCGCGCCUUGUAUCGCGUAUGCGACGGGCAGAUGCCGCGGUACGAUAAGAUGGUGGUGGAGGUGCGCGGGGAGCAGCGGCGGCGGAGGGGAAGGGGGAGGCGCGCGCGCGGCGGAGGUGCAGAGCGGAGGGGACGCGCGGACCAGGGUAGCGGGGGAGGGGGAGAAGAGGGGGGAGCCGAUAGGACAAUGAGAGAAAGCGAAGAGGCAAUGGCAGAGGAGGGGGAGGCGCGAGAAGCGGAGGGGGAAAGAGGCGGCACGGAUGACGAGGAGGGGGAAGCAGACGCGGAAGAGGAAGAGGAAGCGGAGGAGGAGGAGGAGGAUGAGGAGGCGGCAGUGCGGUCGAUAUUCCACGGGCUGAUGGGCAGCUACAGCUUCUAUGACCACUGGGUGAGCACGCGCCUGCUGCCGCUGCGCCGCAUCGUGGCCGGCACACUGCAGAUCCGCACGCGCGUGGCCGCCACACGCCGCACCACGGCGCUCCUCGCCCACGCCCGGGCCGGGCGCGGAGCAGGGGGAAGGGGAGGCGCAGCAGGGGGGGGGGCGGGAGCAGCGGGGGGAACGGGAGGAGCGGGGUUUGGAGGGAGCGAGUGGCCGGCAACGCAGAUUCUAAUCGGCGCAUCAUUCAACUACUCGAAGCUCUUCUUCCUGGAUUGCGCCACGGGCAUGGUGUCCGUGGGGGGCAGCGAUGUGCUGCACGCCUGCACGUUCCUCCCCUGCGUGCCUCCCUCGCGCCCGCGCGCCUGCCCGAAUCCGCUGGCUUCAGAGGUCCCCCUCGCGGUUGCAGACACGGUGCAGGCGGCAGGUGGAGAGGGGGAAGGUGGGGGAGACGGCAUGGGUGGCGGCAUGGGAGGUGGCAUGGGACCGGAAGUGGCUUCCAGUGACGGCAGCAGCAGCAGCAGGGAUGGCAUGGUGAGGUGGCUGGAGGAAUACGCAUGUAGGCUGGCCCACGGGUGGUACAGGGUGUGCAAAGUGGUAGAUGACAUCCCCGCUAGAGGCAUCUGCCUGUUUCCUGAACAGGCUCCCCUGUGCUCCAUGGCUGUCACCAGAGGGGUGUGUGUGCGCGCCUCUGCUCUCUUUGUGCCGGAAGUGGCGCCACUCGUGCUGCCUCGGCCUCCUCUCGCCGCCACUGCUGGCGGUCCGGGGUUGGAAUCUCAGCAGCAGGCUGCGUUUAAUUCUUCUUCUCCUCCUGCUGGUGGAUCUUCUGGUGGGGGGGAUGGGGGGGAUGAGGAGGCAGAGGCAGCAGCAGGUGACCAGAGGGGUGGCAGAGGAGGAACAAGGAGGAGGAGGGGUCAGAGAGGGAGGCGGGUGGUUGGAGCAGGGGGGCAGGCAGGAGGGGAUGACGAGGAGGAGGAAGAGGAGGAGGAAGGGCAGAGGUGCUUCGCGUAUUCUGUCCGCAUGAAGCUGCUGCCUUUAGACCAGCCGCAGGAGGUGCCUCCCGGUUCUAUCCCCCAUGCCACCAUGCUUUCCUCCUCUUCCACCAACGGUUCAGCCCGAACCCCCUCUGCUGCCUCACACUUGUCAGAAUCGGCUGCUCACGCUAUGAGCAUCGACCACAGCACCGGCCAAUCAGGGGGCUCGACCGGUGGUGACAUGUCAGCGUGCCAGCUGCGCUCUCGCCAUUGGGUGAUAAAGGAGGAAGGGGAGGUGGUGGCGGAGGUGAGGGGGGAUGCAGUGGUGGGGGAGUACCCCAUACUGGGGCGUGGGGGUAAGGAGUUUGUGUAUCAGAGCUGCUCUCAGAUGACUGGGCAGUGGGGGACCAUAGAGGGGGAUUUUACAUUUGUGCCCGGGGGGCUGAUGAGGCCGACCGGGGCAGAUUUUGAUGCUGCGGUUGCGCCGUUCCCUCUGCAAGUGCCUGACUUCGUUUUUUGA